AUAGAAACUAACUUCUCGCUUUUUACUGGCACAGAUAAGGGCUUUUUGAUAUUUUUCAUUUCUUACAGCGGUUUAAUACCCACUUAAAGACUCUAUCGAUCACUCUGCUGGCGAGCCUACGCAAUUCACUAGUGGUCUAGGGUUGUAAGGGGCACUGCAGGCCAAAUGGCCAGCGACGAAGCUGUCGCGGCCAUGGCCAGGACCAUUUUGGCAGAGAAGCGUGCAAGGAAAGCAGCUGAAGAUGAUGCCCUUCGCUUGUACAAUCGCGUUAGGCAGCUGCAGAAGGAGGAGGAUAGGGCGCAGAAGCGUAUCCUUGAAACAAAGAGGAAGGCCAAGGAAAUUAUCAAGGCACGCGAGAGGAAUGAACAGAAGCUGUUGGAGAAGGAGCAGCGGCAGCGUGAGCUGCAGGAACAGGUCGAAGAGCAGAAGCUCGACAACCUAAAGGCGAAGGAGGAGGCGCUUCGGCACCGAAUAGAGCAGGAGCAUAAGAUAUACCAGGAGAAGCUUGAAGUAGUGCAGAAGACAAAGGAGGAGCGUGCAGAAAUUGAGCGGUUGCUCGCUGAGAGCAGGCUGCUCGCACGCAAGGAGGCACUGGAGCAGAAAGAUACAAUUCGUAAGCAGCAGGAGGAUGCGCGGCGGAAGAUUGAGACGCUCAAACUCCAGAAACUCACUGCGGCCCAGGAAGAGUACGAACGGCGCCUUAGGGAGGAGAUCGACGCCAAACUGGCGAAGGAGGAGGAGAUUGAGCGUCUGGCCCAACUGGAGCUUGAUCUCAUCGAGCGGCUCAAAACCAAGCAGGUGGAGCAGCGCAAGGCGUACCAGCAGCUGGAGGCGGUGCUGUCACUCGGCAACGUCAGCACCAGCAAGGGCCUGGCUGCGGCUUCCAAGCCGAGCAGCCCCAAGGUCACGGCUGUGGCCUCGGCAGCAGCGGUGGCCUCGCCCUCCAAUCUGUCGCAGCAGCCGAGCCAAUCGGGCGCGAUGGAGGGGCCGCCGGAGGAACCCUCGGAGGAAGACGUGGCGCGCGCAUUUGCGAUGUACGACACGGAGGGAGUGGGCGAGAUCCCGACGCUUUCACUGGACGGCUUGCUACGAGACUUGGGGGUGCCUCUGAACCCCAGCCAGCUGUCACAGGCGAUAGCGCAGCUGGACACCUCGCAGACCGGGCGGAUCUCUUUCGGGGAGUUCUUGCUGUGGUGGAAGGGGUGAUGUCCCUGCCGCAUGGCAUGCGGCAGGGACAUCAGCAGCAUAUAGGAGCAAGCAUUGGGCUUGUCUGGCCCCCCCUCAUUCGUAGGGGAUGCUGGUUGUCCCUGCUGGACGGUAUAGUGUUUAACUGGGCAGUCAACUGCCUGCACCAUAAUAGUCUCGGCGUUCUUGUUACGUCCUGGUUAGGGACGUUGCCGUGAGUACCGGUAUGGCGCAUGACAAACCAUGAUGUAGCGAAGCGGCCAUAACGGCGGUUUUCCUCGCGCAGCGGGUCCGCGCCCCCUGCCCUUGCAAUUGCAUGGCGGUGCUUAUGGGCGCGGUGCGGUCUCUCUGACGAUAUGCUCUCUAGUACGUGAAAGGUGUGAGGGAGACAAGUGUCAGGCUGAUGCGGCAACGAGGUGGUGUACAUGUUUGCGUCAUGGGCACAGGGGCUGCGUGCAGGCAGGGAUACAUAGUAGCAACAAACCUAGGUGACGACGUGUUUGGGACCCCGACUUCCGAAAGCUGAAAUCGAGCUGGAGAAGCUCGUUCCUUACUUCUUUCCAUGCGGCUGUGUUGACAAGGGUGCGUAGGGUGAGAUCGGCGUGCGCAAAGUCCUGUUGGGGCAACUGCAUGCGGCUAUGGAGUCACUGCGGUGGUAGUGGUGGUGAUGGGCGCGCACUUGUGCCAAACCGACCAUGAGGGGUAAUAAGUCGUGUACAAUGUUACAGCGCAGACGACCUACCCUAGGCAGGAGACAAAUAUGGGUUGCAGCAAGGGUUGGGUGACGUCAAGCCGACGCCGGAACCGCGAAGUGCGGUUGUAAGGGUCGUUGUGAGUGGUUGAGGAGUGCGAUUCGUGAAACAAGAAGCGCAUGUGAGCAUCAUGUAUGUUGUGAGCCGCCAAAAGCUACGGCUUAUGCGAGCAAAUGUGAUUGCACACGCGCAACACGGUUUGAAGAAACGAAAAAACACAUGAGC